AUGGCGAGAGAUGGGCAGCUGCGGCGCGGUGGCCCGCGCCGUAUCGGCACGGCGUUGGGCAUUAUGAGGAUAUGCUCGCCGAGGCACCUCCUGGGCCCCUUUCUCCUGUGCCUGUGCUGGCCGCGGGGCGCCGAGGGCGCGGAAGCCGCGGCCCGCAUGGAGACCCCUAUCAGCUCCAGAGGCACCGCCCUGCCCGCACGGCCACGGCGUGCCAAAGUGAUGCGCCGGGAGCAUCACGCCAGCCUCUCCGCUGACAGCGCCGCGGUGGGCGUCGGCCAGCAGGAAAGAGAAAAUACCAACUGGAAAGUACAGGACGGCGGCGAAGAAGACGUUUCCUUCAACGGUGAGGUAGGCGAAGCAGGAAGCGAAGAGGUUGAUCCCGAGGAUCGAGGUUCGACUACUCCGUGGUUAACCUACUUCCACGGUCAGGCCCUGCCGCCCAUCCGACAAUCAUGA